AUGAAAGCAGUGCACUUACUUGUCGCCAUCUUUGCCCUAUCAUCCUCACUUGUGUCUGCCUACGACCCUAGUCCUCUGCAAGAUUUUUGUGUGGCGACCAACGAAACUGAUGGGGUAUUUGUGAAUGGAAAAUUCUGCAAAGACGCAAAACUUGUGAAAGCAGAAGAUUUCUUGAGACAUGUGGAAGCUGGGAAUACUUCGAACCCACUUGGUGCACAAGUGAGUCAAGUGUUUGUGGAUCAGCUAGGAGGAUUAAACACGCUUGGGAUAUCUUUGGCUCGCAUAGAUUUUGCAGCAAAGGGUUUAAACCCUCCCCACACUCACCCUCGCGCCACAGAGAUCCUUUUUGUUGUUGAAGGAAGUCUGUACGUUGGAUUUGUGAGCUCGAAUCAAGAUGGAAAUCGGCUCUUCACCAAAGUACUUAACAAGGGUGAUGUGUUUGUGUUUCCGAUUGGUCUCAUUCAUUUCCAACUGAAUGUUGGAUACGGCAAUGCUGUUGCAAUUGCUGGUCUCAGCAGCCAAAAUCCAGGAACUAUCACAGUCGCAAAUGCUUUGUUUAAAGCUAAUCCACCUAUUUCUACUCAGCUUCUAACCAAAGCUUUCCAGGUGGACAAGAGCGUAAUUGAUUACCUUCAAAAGCAAUUCUGGUCUGACAACAACUAG